CAAUGUCUCUCUGUAAAAUACGAUUCCUGGCAGUUCUUGGUUUCUGCUUUCUGACCUGUGCGCCAUUAAAAGGAAUAUACGGACUAACAUGUUACUCUUGUUCAACAUUAGAAGAUUGUAAUGUAGCAGAUAUACCACAAGUGGAAUGUCAGGAAACUGAGCUAUUUUGCAUUUUUGAAGUUGAUACAAAUAACGCGAUGGCAAGUGCCAAAUGUGCAGGAGCAGAAGUGUGUGAAACGGAUGCUAAUUCUUGCUGUAAAGUUGAUCUGUGUAUUGCGAGUAUCGUCGAUACAGCUACAACUGAUUCCACAACCCCGGAAGCUAUCACAUCAACCGCACCGGAGACCACCUUUAGUACCACAGCCAAUAGUGAUUCCACAACCCCGGAAGCUAUCACAAGCACCAUAGCUAAUAGUGAUCCCACAACUACGGAAGUUACCACUCUAACCACACCAGAGGCCACUUCAAGCACCACCGAAAGCACCACAACUAAUACAGGUUCCACAUCCAACGAAGAUAGCACUAUAUCCACAUCAGAUGGCAUCUCAAGCACUCCUGACAGCGACAGCGAAGCUCCUACAACAGAGGCCAACGGAAGCACCACCGAAGACUCUAAUAGUGGUGGAUCCCCAUCGACUUGUACAGGAUUUGGUGUUGCUCUGGUCAUUGGAUGUUUAAUGUUAAGUAUCUUUAAAACCAAUUUUCAGAAACAAAUUGUAAUUUUAAAUAUUUAAAUUUAAAAAAAUGUAUAUAGUGUUAAAUAAAUAAAUCAA